AAAUCGCCAAUAAUGGAUUUGGACGUUGAGGACGACGACGACCGAUUCUUUGAUCCCUCCGACCGCCUUUCCUGCGCUGUUCCUCUCGACUUCGUUUCCGCUUCCGAGGACGACGACGGCGAUUUCGACGAUGCAAGAAUCUCCUUCUCGUCUGCGGUUUCCUCUGUUCCCGCCUUCAGAAACAGAGCAUCAAGCAUGCGAACUCCUCCGAGACUUUCCGUUUCUACCAGCGACUCCUUCGCCGAUUAUGGAAUAUGGAUGGGUUCUCCCGAUUCAAUUAGCGAGCGGCGGAAGCGGUUGCUUCUCGGAAUGGGACUCGACGAAAACAUGGAGUUCUUGAAGCUACAGAGCACGAAGCUUGGCCAUGGAGUUUCCAGGAGGUUUGAGAAAGGCAACAAUCAAUAUCGUGUGCCGAUUUCACCGGAGAGGACAACAUUGGAUCACGGCGGCGGCGGCGGCGGCGGCAAGGGUGAUGAUAGAGGUAUUAUAAUUCGUACUACUACCGGUUCUUCUGGUUCUUCUGUUUUGGCAGAGCAAAAAACAGAGCAAUCCUCUGUUUCCGUUGUUUUCGUUCGGUCACGGUCCGAGGGCGAUAUUGCAUCGUUUUCAAUGGAGAAUAAAAGAAAAGAGGAGAUGAUUGGGAAUGUCUCGAAGCAGCGCCUCACGAGGACUGCGACGGAGAUACCUGUGCCACGCGGCAAUGUUAUUACUCAUGCUAGGGCGGUGGUGAAAGACGGCAAGGAGGCAGAGGAACCGGAGGCGCACGACCAGAAUGUUUCUGCACCCGCGGUGAAUUCGGAUGUAGCGCCUUUCUUCUUGAUCAAGAAUUUGGACACGGGGAACGAAUUUAUCGUGAAUGAAUGUGGCGAAAAUGGCGCGUGGAAUAGGUUGAGUGACUUGCAGACAGGAAGGAAGCUAACCAUGGAAGAGUUCGAGAAAACCGUGGGACACUCAAGGGUGGUUAAUAAGCUAAUGAGGCGAGCGAAAUUUGAAAACGAUGAAGAAUACUCGGGGGCUCUCGACUCGAGCCCUUCGAUGUCUAGGAGCCUGAGGAUGAGCAUAAGCAUGAGCAAGAGCAAGAGCAGGAGAGGAUCAUUCUUAAGGAACAUAAAAGGGGUAGCCAGCGGGAUCAUUCGCGAAAGAGAAAGAGAUUGUCCGGCGCACCUUCACCAGGAAGUGGUUUGGGAAGCAAAACCAACCAUGAGUAGAUGGGUUCGGGUGAAGCAGAGUGGUAAGUCUUACAAGGAGUUUUCUGCUCUGCAUUUGUGCCAGGAGUUCCAAGCUCAUGAGGGACUAAUUUGGAAAAUUAAGUUUAAUUUAGAUGGGAGGUUUUUGGCGAGUGCUGGCGAGGACAAGGUGGUUCAUGUUUGGGAAGUCAUUGAGCGUGACUGUAUGGGAUUCUCUAAUUCUAAUUCGGUGUCGGAAGAAGGGAGCGUUAUGAUUGCGUCGGCGCCCCUGUCUAGUGAGAAGAAGAAGGGCUUGUUUGGAAGUAAGAGGGAUAAAGUUCCGGAAUACGUUCAUAUGUCCGAAACUGUUUUCACCCUUUUGGAGGAACCGUAUUGCUCCUUUCACGGUCAUUUGGAUGAAGUUUUGGAUUUGGCAUGGUCUAAGUCUGAGCUUCUUCUGUCAUCGUCAAUGGAUAAAACAGUGAGGUUGUGGGACCUGGAAACUAAGAGUUGCUUAAAGGUGUUUCCUCAUAAUGACUACGUAACGUGCAUACAGUUCAAUCCUAUAGACGAGGAUUAUUUCAUAAGUGGCUGCCUCGACGGGAAGGUUAGAAUAUGGGACAUACAGGAACGUCAUGUCGUGGAUUGGACUGAUAUCCAUGAAAUGGUUACUGCAAUUGCAUACACACCUGAUGGUCAAGGUGUUUUAGUGGGCACAAUGAAAGGGAGUUGUCGUACCUAUAGUGUUGCAGAUUGCAAAUUAAGUCAAACAGGCACGGUGGAGAUUCGACGCAAGAAGAAAUCUCAUCUCAGAAAAGUCACGGGUUUUCAGUUUGCCCCAGGAAAUCCAUCACAAGUACUUGUUACUUCAGCGGAUGCCAGGGCAAGAAUUGUUGAAGGUUCAGAGGUUGUUCAGAAGUUUAAGGGUUUUAAAAAUGCAGACAGCCAAAUCGCAGCUUCAUUCAGUGCAAAUGGAAAAUUCAUCAUAAGUGCAAGUGAUGAUUCACAAGUGUUUAUAUGGAAGAACGAAGAGCAGAAAAGUGGAGGCACCGGAAAAGGUAGAAACAUAGUGGUUACAAGGGCUCAUGAGAACUUCCAAUGCAAAGAUGUUUUAAUUGCAGUGGCAUGGCCUUGCAUGAUCAGGGGUGAUCCUCCACCAGUGAAAUUGCAGACUUCGAAACGGAUUUCGAAACGUUUUUCGGUGUCCUCGUCUAAUAAUGUAGUAGAUGAUACUACUAACGCUAGAAGAUUCCUCCUUCCACCACUUCCCAAGAAGAAAAACAAGCAAGCCGCAGUAGAUAGUGCUUCGAAUUCUUCGGUCGAAGACCAUGCCGCACUUUCGCAUUCAGAUUCUAGAAGAAUGUUGCGGCAUUUUUCAAAGAAGACUAAUGGUCAUCACGUUACUCAUGAAGAAGAUGAUAAUCCUGAAGCCAUCUCACGAUCGAAUUCAGGGAUUGGCGAUUCGUUUAGUUCGAGUUCAAGUUCGUCCUCAGCUAGAUAUGGUUUUUCUUCAGCUUCAUUUGGGUCAUCAUCUUUCUCUGAAGGUAGCCAUGAUUCCUCUCUAAUUUAUCCUUCGGCGUGGGGCUCGGUGAUCGUGACAGCUGGAAUUGGAGGCGAAAUCCGUUGUUAUCAGAAUUUCGGGCUACCUCGCAAGAUGAGCCGAGGUGGAUUAUACAAAAUGAUAAAACAAAGAAUCAAAAUCUUCUCUACAGAAGACGGAAUUCUCCGUAGAAAGUAUGCUCAUUUUCAAGAAGUUGUUGCCCAGUGCGUUUCGUCCUCCUUCCAAAUCGUCGACCCAUUUGUUGGCGCCGAAGGUGGUGUUGGUCACGUGGAAGCUCGACGCCUGAUCGGUGUCCAGCUAGAGACACUGAUCACCGUGAAACUGACCUGA